GAGUGGACGAAGGUAUUUCGCUUUUCAUGACUUGCGAGAUUAUUUAUAAAGGGCCAGGAGACCUGAAGGGGAAAAUAUAAAAUGGAGGCCACCAGUGCAUUUGCGUUAAGCCGGGAAACUCCAUCGGCGCAGAAAUUUUUCCAAAAUCGUGAAACCUUAAUCGCACAAGAGAAGAAGCACCGAAGCGAUUAUGCAUUCCGACAGUCUCUUUCGCCUGUCGCGAAGCAAGCGUGCGCGAUCGUGUCUCGCAUCCGCGACGAAGAAAAACGCACGAUUUGGAAAACUCAAGGCAACCCCGAUCUGAAUCAGAAUGAGCUGUUCCCAGGAAUGAUGUUCAAUGUUGCAAAAGAGUACAUGGAAUCUACCGAGUUAUGGCGGAUUGUUCGAAAGAUGCCCAAAGGCAGCCUGCUCCAUUGUCACCUCGGAGCGACAGUUGACCUAGAUUGGGUGUUUAACGAAGUACUCUCGACUCCUGGAAUUCAGAUGUCUUCUCCUGUUCCAUUGUCAUCAGAAAGAAUUCGUGAAAAUGCUGUCGUUAAGUUCCGGUAUUCAAGCGUUACGGCAGCAGAUGUGCCAUCAAUAUGGUCUCAAGACUAUCCUCCACAUACUCUCGUCCCUAUAAAAGUGGCGGCAGCAACAUUCCCUAACGGGGGCCAAAAGGGUUUCGUAGCCUGGAUGAAGGACCGCUGUUCCAUCACACAAUCGGAGUCGCUUCAACACCAUCUCGGAGUCGACGACGUCUGGAGGAAACUUCAGUCAGCCUUCGUGAUGCUCGGGCCGCUCACAUAUUAUGAGCCCAUUAUGCGAGCCUUUCUGAGAAAAUUGUUCCUUACUCUGCUCGAGGAUGGCGUCAGGUGGGUGGAGCCCAGAACGGUCUUCAUCACCCCGUUCACGCUAGAGGGUGAAGAACAACCUGCUCCGAAUGCCGCGGAGCUGUGUCGUGUUCUGAAUGAAGAGAUUGAGAAAUUCAUGGCUAGUGAGGAGGGGAGAGGCUUCUGGGGCGCUCGUUUCAUUUGGACUUCGAUGAGAGGAGUAGAUACAGAGAGUUUGAUUGCAGAUAUGAAGCAAUGCAUCCAAAUGAAGAAACGGUAUCCAAAGCUUAUCCAAGGAUACGAUCUUGUUGGGCAGGAAGAUCUUGGAAGGACUCUCCACGACCUCACCCCCGAACUUCUCUGGUUCCAGGACGAGUGCGCGAAAGAAGGUGUCCACAUUCCUUUCUUCUUCCACGCCGGAGAGUGUCUCGGCGACGGAGAUGAAACCGAUCAUAACCUCUUCGACGCGAUCCUUUUCGGUACAAGAAGAAUCGGACAUGCGUUUUCUCUGUACAAACACCCGUUGUUGAUUGAUAUGGUAAAAGAAAAGAAGAUACUCGUCGAGAGCUGCCCUAUUUCAAACGAGGUCUUGAGAUAUACAGCCUCAAUCAUGUCGCACCCGUUGCCUGCCUUGCUUUCUAGGGGUGUCGCGGCAUCACUCUGUAAUGACGAUCCGGCGCUUUUAGGCCAGGCAACUUCGGGAAUGACGCAUGAUUUCUGGCAGGCAUUACAAGGAUGGGAAAGUCUUGGUUUGGAAGGACUUGGCUCCCUUGCCCAGAACAGUAUCCGUUGGUCAGUCUUUGAGGACCAGACUGACGAGGAAUGGCUAAAGGAUAUUGAAGAAGGUCCAAAUGGAUCGACUUCCCGAGCAAUGCGAAUUCGACAGUGGAAUCUAGAAUGGGAAGAAUUCUGUCAAUGGAUUGUCAAGGAAUUUGGCUCGGAAGGUCAUAAGCUUAGAAAUUAAAUGUUCAUGCCGUGGAUAAAUUGAGCUGGGUUCUCAACCCAUUUUAAAUAGCUCUUGGAUCUGGAAUAUAGACCUCAAACGUUAUAAAACUGCACAAAGGAAUGUGAGUAGGUUAUUGAAACGGAAAGCCGCUGUUUAUAAUAAAAUUUGGACUUAUAAAAACCGU